AUGCCAUUGCAAUGGAUGAUUUGUUUAUUACACACUAACGAAUUGCUGCUUCGCCACUUAAUGAACUAUUUAAACGGAAAAACUACUGAGCCCAAAGGUUUUUCGGGAGACAUUGUUGAUAUAACAGCCUUAAGUACCGAUGCUAAGUAUAUGUACGAGAUGUGGCAAGGAAUCUCCACUGGAGUUUUAAAAGGCGAUUUGGCUCUAAAAGCAGCAGGGAAAAUGUCACACUCUAGAUGGCUUACCACAGCCAAUAGAGUCCUAAGGUUAUACGUUGUUAACAAUGAGCCCUUUCAAAACGUUAAAAUGUUAACAAAGUUUAUAGUAAAAGUGUAUGCCAUGUGCUGGUUCGAAAUUAAAUGCCAGUGGUCUUGUAAGGAUGGUGCCAGGCAUUUGUUUAGAAUUAUUGGUAAAUCUCGUUACCUCCCUGAAGAAAUAACAAAAGUUAUUGAUCCCGUAAUUGAAAGAAACGGAUUUUUUGGUCACCCAGAAAAUCUUUUAAUAGCCAUAUUAUGGGAUAAUAGAAAACAUAUGCGAGAGUUAGCUUUAAGAAGGAUUUUAAAAUACAGAUCAACCGCAGAAAUCGAGGAUGUCAGAAUAUUUCGAGCUGUUGAGCGAUCUGUUAAGUUAGUCACCGAAGCUUCUAUAGCGGUUUAUUGCCCUGAAGCACGAGACGAGUUUAUUAGAGAUUGA